AUGGAGUGUAUCAUCUCGCUCCAGGAGCGUGCUUUAUUUGUGGCCAACCAGGCCAUUAUGCUAGACAGUGUCCGAUGUCGGGAGCACAAGGAUCUACUAUCAGUGUUGCUUAACCUUUUCAACAGCGGAGGCCUGUGUUUCCAGCGGCAUCUGGGCAAGGUCAGAUUGGUAGUACAUUUAAUGGUCAGAGAGGUAGAAGUUAUGGAAACAAUCGAGGUGGAGGAAGAAAUGCUGGAGGAAGAGGUUCAGACUUCUCAAGCAGAAGGGAGUCAAGCCAGAGUGUUUGUGCUUAACCCACAGGAGGCUCAAGCCUCUAAUGUAGUUGUGCAAGGUAUCUUUACUAUAGCUUCGAUGAAUGCCCUAGUAUUAUUUGAUCUGGGUGCAACACAUUCAUUUGUUUCGCCGAGUUUUGCAAUUAAGAUGGGAAAACAGCCCGCUUAUUUGCAAAAUCCAUUAUCAGUAGCCACGCCAAUGGGUGAAAGUAUGGAUACGGACAUAAUUUAUUCGUCUUGUCCUGUGAAUGUUCAAGGACGAGAGUUGCUUGCUGAUCUAGUUUUAUUAGAGGCGCUAGCAUUUGACGUCAUAUUGGGCAUGGAUUGGUUAGCUCAACAUUAUGCAAGUGUGGAUUGCAUGAAGUUAGUGACAUUUAGUACCCCUGGAAUUGAAACCGUUUCAUUUCAAGGUGAGGAACUGAAAUCCACUACGAGCAUAAUUUCAACUAUAAAAGCUCAACGGAUGAUGAGGAAAAGAUGUCAAGCAUUUUUAGCUAUUGUGUUGGAUACAGAGAAAGCUCAAGGGAAUGUACAGAAUGUACUAGUAGUGAUGAAAUAUCCAGAUGUUUUUCCAGAAGAGUUACCUGGAUUACCACCAGACAGAGAGAUAGAGUUUUGUAUUGAGUUAGCUCCUGGUACCAAACCGAUAUCAAUACCUCCUUAUAGGAUGGCGCCAGCAGAGUUAAAAAAACUGAAAGAUCAACUAGAGGAGCUACUUGAUCGUGAUUUGGUCAGACCAAGUGUUCCACCAUGGGGUCCACCUGUCUUGUUUGUUAAGAAGAAAGACAACUCGUUUCGGCUCUGUAUAGAUUACAGACAGAUGAACAAGGUUACAAUCAAGAACAAGUACCCUUUACCGAGGAUUGAUGAUUUGUUUGAUCAACUGCAAGGGGCAAGGUACUUUUCUAAGAUUUAUUUGCGAUCAGGAUAUCAUCAAUUGAAGAUCCGAGAUGAUGAUAUUUCAAAGACUGCUUUUAGGACUCAGUAUGAAGAAGUGGCAUUUUUGGGACAUGUCGUGUCUCAAAGUGGAAUCAAAGUGGAUCCGAAGAAGAUCGAAGCGGUUGUGGAAUGGAAACGACCAACUUCGGGGACUGAGAUUUGUAGUUUCCUUGGGUUAGCAGGAUACUACAGAAGAUUCGUGCAAGAUUUUUUAAAAAUCUCUGCACCAUUGACGAAGUUAACUCAAAAGAAUGCGAAGUACGAGUGGACAGAGAAGUGUGAUGACAUUUUUCAGAAACUGAAGGAGUGUCUAACGACAGCUCCAAGCCAUGGACGAGUGAUAGCAUAUGCUUCUCGCCAGCUGAAAAAGCAUGAAGUUAACUGUCCUACUCACGAUUUAGAGUUAGCAGCAGUGAUUUUUGCACUGAAAAUCUGGAGACAUUACUUGUACGGUGCAACGUGUGAGAUAUUCACGGAUCAUAAGAGUUUAAAGUACAUUAAUCAACGUGAAUUGAACCUCAGUCAGGGGAGAUGGCUGGAAUUGCUAAAAGACUAUGAUUGUACUAUAUUGUAUCAUCCGGUCAAGGCCAAUGUGGUGGCUGAUGCGCUAAGUAGGAAAUAUGCAGGAAGCUUAGCACAUGUUACUACAGAGUGGCGAAGGCCGUUAAUCAAAGAGAUCUAUACGAUGUUCAGUCAGAACAUCAGAUUUGAAAUUACACACCCUGGAAAUGUGGAGAAUCUGAGACAGAAGAUCAUGGAGGAAACUCAUGGUUCAACAUACAAUAUUCAUCCAGGUUCCACAAAGAUUUAUAGAGAUAUCAAAGAGAUGUACUGGUGGAAUGGAAUGAAGCGAGAUAUAGCGGAGUUUGUAGCAAAGUGUCCGAUAUCAUAUAUUGCGGCGAAGUUGGCACAAGUGUACAUUGACAGGAUAGUUAGUCUACAUGGAGUUCCUGUGUCAAUAAUUUCAGAUAGAGGUUCAGUGUUUACCUCUAGAUUUUGUGGAAGUUUGAAAGAGGCGAUGGGAAUGCGACCAUAUUUUAGUACUUCUUUUCAUCCGCAAACUGAUGGACAGUAUUUGGGAUGUAUAUUUACCACGGCUCCAUAUGAGGCAUUAUACGGUCGUAAAUGUCAAUCUCCUAUAUGUUGGGAGGAAGUUGAAGAGAGGAAAUUAACAAGAGCAGAGAUUAUUCAGAUUACCUCAGAGAAGGUACCACUGAUUAAGCAGCGAUUGAAAACUACUGUUAGUCGCCAGAAGAGUUAUGCAGACCCAAAGAGGAAAGAGAUAGAGUUUCAAGUUGGCAAUUAUGGUUUCCUUAAGGUAUCACCGAUGAAGGGUGUUAUUCAUUUUGGAAAGAGAGGCAAGUUGUCUUCAAGUGUUGUGGAGAAAUCAUUUUGUGGAGGGAUGUACGUGGUAGACGGAGGCGGAUAUGCGUCAGCGAUAUCCUUACCUGUUUCUACAAGAUCUGACGAUCUAGCAAGCUACCGCACCAGGAGAGUAGAGGGCGAUUGA